ACGGCCGGUUCCGGCUGAAUGUCAGGGCGAGACUGUGGGCCAGGAAGGAAGGUGGUUGGCCGUCUCUUCAGCACCCCCGCCGCUCCCUCCUCGGCUUGUGCUGCCUCCGCGGGCUCUCGGGCAUGAGACCGUGAGGCGAGCGACGGGCCGGGGCCGCCGACAUGUUUGGCCGCUCGCGGAGCUGGGUGGGCGGGGGCCAUGGCAAGUCUUCCCGCAAUAUUCACUCCUUGGACCACCUCAACUGCAGUCAUCAGAUGGCAUGGAUUGACAUAAAGGUAUCUAUACCACGUUUUGACCAAAAACACCACAGUCACAGAACAGAACCGGAACCUGCUAGUGGAGACCAUCCGUUCCAUCACUGAGAUACUGAUUUGGGGAGAUCAAAAUGACAGCUCUGUAUUUGACUUCUUCCUGGAGAAGAACAUGUUUGUCUUCUUCUUGAACAUCCUGCGUCAGAAAUCAGGCCGCUAUGUGUGCGUCCAGCUGCUGCAGACCUUAAACAUCCUCUUCGAGAAUAUCAGCCAUGAGACCUCACUUUAUUAUUUGCUCUCCAAUAACUAUGUAAAUUCUAUCAUUGUCCAUAAGUUUGACUUUUCUGAUGAGGAGAUUAUGGCAUACUAUAUAUCGUUCCUGAAAACACUUUCAUUAAAACUCAACAACCACACUGUCCAUUUCUUUUACAAUGAGCACACUAACGACUUUGCCCUAUACACAGAAGCCAUCAAAUUUUUCAAUCACCCUGAGAGCAUGGUCAGAAUUGCUGUACGAACCAUAACUUUGAACGUCUACAAAGUGUCAUUGGAUAACCAGGCCAUGCUGCACUAUAUCAGAGAUAAAACUGCCGUUCCUUACUUCUCCAAUUUGGUCUGGUUCAUCGGGAGCCAUGUGAUCGAACUUGAUAACUGUGUGCAGACCGAUGAGGAGCACCGGAAUCGGGGGAAACUGAGUGACCUGGUGGCUGAGCACCUGGACCACUUACACUAUCUCAAUGACAUCCUGAUCAUCAACUGUGAGUUCCUCAAUGAUGUGCUCACAGACCACCUGCUCAACAGGCUCUUCCUGCCCCUUUACGUGUACUCUCUGGAGAACCAGGACAAGGGAGGAGAGCGCCCGAAGAUCAGCCUGCCGGUGUCUCUCUAUCUCCUGUCACAGGUCUUCCUAAUUAUACAUCAUGCACCCCUGGUGAACUCAUUAGCUGAAGUCAUUCUGAAUGGCGAUCUGUCUGAGAUGUACGCUAAGACUGAACAGGAUGUUCAGAGAAGUUGUGCCAAGCCCAGCAUCCGGUGCUUCAUCAAACCCACCGAGACGCUGGAGCGGUCCCUGGAGAUGAACAAGCACAAGGGCAAGAGGCGGGUGCAAAAGAGACCCAACUACAAAAACGUUGGGGAGGAAGAAGAGGAGGAGAGAGGGCCCUCCGAAGAUGCCCAGGAAGACGCUGAGAAGGCUAAAGGUACAGAGGGUGGUUCAAAAACCAUCAAGACGAGUGGGGAGAGUGAAGAGAUAGAGAUGGUGAUCAUGGAACGCAGCAAGCUUCCAGAGCUGGCGGCCGGCGUGUCCGUGCGGGAGCAGAACACCACGGACGAGGAGAAGAGCGCUGCCGCCACGUGCUUGGAGAGCGUGCAGUGGAGCAGACCCUUCCUGGACAUGGUAUACCAUGCCCUGGACAGCCCAGAUGAUGAUUACCAUGCUCUCUUCGUGCUCUGCCUCCUAUAUGCCAUGUCUCAUAACAAAGGCAUGGAUCCUGAAAAACUAGAACAAAUCCAGCUCCCAGGUCCUACUGUGGCCGAGAAGACCACCUACAACCAUCUGUUAGCUGAGAGACUCAUCAGGGUCAUGAACAGCGCUGCCCAGCCAGAUGGGAAGAUCCGACUGGCGACGCUGGAGCUGAGCUGCCUGCUCCUAAAGCAGCAAGUUGUGACCAGCAUGGGCUGCAUCGUAAAGGAUGUGCACCUGGCCUGCCUGGAGGGCGCCAGAGAAGAAAGUGUUCACCUAGCACGGCAUUUUUAUAAGGGAGAAGAAAUCUUUUUGGACAUGUUUGAAGAUGAAUACAGGAGCAUGACAAUGAAGCCCAUGAACGUGGAGUAUCUCAUGAUGGACGCCUCCAUCCUGCUGCCCCCAACAGGCACGCCACUGACAGGCAUUGACUUCGUGAAACGGCUGCCAUGUGGUGACGUGGAGAAGACCCGGCGGGCCAUCCGGGUGUUCUUCAUGCUCCGUUCCCUGUCGCUGCAACUACAAGGAGAGCCUGAGACCCAGCUGCCACUGACGCGGGAGGAGGACUUGAUCAAAACUGAUGACGUCCUAGAUCUGAACAACAGCGACCUGAUCGCGUGCACGGUGACCACCAAGGACGGCGGCAUGGUCCAGCGGUUCCUGGCUGUCGAUAUUUACCAGAUGAGUUUGGUGGAGCCAGACGUGUCCAGACUCGGCUGGGGUGUGGUCAAGUUCGCGGGCCUUCUGCAGGACAUGCAGGUGACUGGCGUGGAGGAUGACAGCCGCGCCCUAAAUAUCACCAUCCACAAGCCUGCGUCCAGCCCCCACUCCAAGCCCUUCCCCAUCCUCCAGGCCACCUUCGUCUUCUCGGACCACAUCCGCUGCAUCAUCGCCAAGCAGCGCCUGGCCAAGGGCCGCAUCCAGGCGAGGCGCAUGAAGAUGCAGAGGAUCGCUGCGCUCCUGGACCUCCCAAUCCAGCCAGCCACCGAAGUCCUGGGGUUUGGGCUCGGCCCUGCCUCAUCCACCCAGCACCUGCCUUUCCGCUUCUAUGACCAGUGCCGCCGGGGCAGCAGCGACCCCACCGUGCAGCGCUCUGUGUUCGCUUCUGUGGACAAGGUGCCAGGCUUCGCUGUGGCCCAGUGCAUAAACCAGCACAGCUCGUCCUCCCUGUCCUCGCCGUCACCAUCCACCAGUGGGAGCCCUGGCGGCAGCGGGAGCACCAGCCGUGGUGACUCGGGAGGUGCCAGCUCAUCCUCUACCCCGUCUGCCACCCAGAGCCCGUCAGAUGACCCCUUGACUGUGGAACAGCCUCAGCCUAACCUUUCCGACCAGGUGGUGAUCAUCAAUGAAACGGAAGCAGAUGCCAGGCCCAGCAGGAGCCUGGCAAGGAGCACAGAUGUGGACACAGUCAGCCUGUCCCCCAGCCUCAUCCCAGCCCAGCAGCCUACCAUCUCCCUGCUCUGCGAGGACACUGCCGACACCCUGAGCGUAGAGUCACUGACCCUCAUCCCUCCCGUCGACCCCCACAGCCUCCACAGCCUCCACACCCUCACAGGCGUCCCCACAUCACCCACACCAGCCACAGUGGGCAGAGCGACCCCAGGUGAGGAGGCUGCGCACCCGGGCCCUGCAGGCCCCACCGAGCGCUGAGUCAGCACUGAGCGGCCUCCCUUGGUGCGUGCGGCCCCGCUGGUAGGGACCAGGUGCAGCUGGCUCGGAAGACAUGUGGGGAGCAUCUCGGUUCUCCGCAGCCCCCAGUAACCAUCUCCACCACCUGUCCUCACGCGCCUUUGCUCCAUCUGAACCCCUCUUUCACUUUGCGCCUCUUGGAGAGCAGGCUGCGAUCACUGGAGACACCCCAGCAAACACAGGUGGCUCCUCGGAGGAGGCCUGGGCUCCUGACCUCUGAUCCCGGUGGCCGGCUCCUCACGCUUCAUCAGCUGGCCCCAAAGCUGGCCCCUCUCCAGUCUCCAAGCUUCUCUGCCACCAUCUCCAGUGCACAGAAGAAGUGGACAAAGGUCACUGGAUAGAAAUUUGUAGAAAUGCAAACUCCAAUAAACAGCUCCUCUGGAUAUUUAUUUGUGCUUUUGGCAGAUGAAAAGCAUUCAUGUAGAAAACAUCUACUUUUUUAAAAAGUCCAAAAAAAAUCCUCAACCCUAAGGUUUGAUGUCAUGUUAAAAGUGUACUCUUACUGUUAAGGUUUCAUUUUUGUUUUCCCUUGAACUUCCCAGUGUUUUGAUUUGGCUGGUUUUCUCCGUUUUCUCAAGAGAUUCGUACAUCUUUGUUACUCACAAACUCUGCAAGCCUGUGGAAUGAAAAAGUACCUUUCUGGAAAGUUUAGAUUAUUUUUUAAACAAAAAUAAGGGAGAUACAUAACAUAUAUUCUCAGGUACACACACUGCUGAGAGGGCCAAAAGUUUCUCUGCCACAACAGCCAGGGGGCCUCGCAUUACCUGGAGAUCUUUCCAUGAAAGGGGACAACGGUGCAGUCAGCUCCCUGUUCACGACCCAUUCCUUAUCUCUCUGGACUAGAACCAAACUGGAUGGUUUUCCAACAUCACCUCAAUUGUCACAUCUGUUUAUCUAAGAAAGAACCAUCUGGGACUGUGACAACUCCAGCCCCAGUGGCCGUGAUGGUGAGAGCAGGCCAUGGAAGCUGUUCCUUGAGUUGCCUGCUUCUCAACUGUGCGUGCUGGUGUGCAGGGAGAUGGCUGCGCACCAGCCACCCGGGUGUGAUGUCCUCAGCCACGGAUUUAUCCUGGGAGCUUGGGGAUUGCCCAGCUGCUGCUACAAAAACGCACGCUUGUUUUUAUAAUGCAGACCCCACCAUUCUUCCUCCAGAUGGGCUGGGUGUGUGCAGCCCAAUUUACUGAUGGAUCCAGUGAAGUGCCCCAAAUGUUCCUUUCUACUUAGCCAGGCAAGCCAAGCGGCCCUCGCCACUCGGGCAGUGCCAAGACCUUCCAGCAUGUCCACCAGGAAUGUCAGUGCACACAGCGUCCAUGUCAGCCAGGCCUGCUGACGGGGCCCUCAGGAGAUGUCCCAAGCGCUCACCACCCACCUGGUCCAGAACCACGGCCCCAGCCAGCCUCACAGCAGGGCCUGCCCAAGCCAGGCCACAGCCUCCUGCAGGAGACACAGUGGUCCUAAGGAGGAUGGGGGUAGUGGCCGUGGGGACAGGUUUCUCCAGUCAUCAGAAGCCCUCUGGGUAGGUAUGCCCACCCAGCUUCAACAGAAAGAUCCAGCUCAGAAAGGAGGCCUUUUAGGCAGACAUUCCAGGGGCCCUGGCAGGAGAGACGAGUCAUGGCCAUCAGCAGAGCAUCCAAGGAAGGAAAGGCAGGUGGGUCAGAGGAAGGAUGGCCUGUGGGGGCAAAGGGCAUGUCAUCAAGGACAGAGUCACCCCCUCCUCCAGCAGCCAGCCACAUGCCCUGCCCAGUCUUCUGCUUGCAUAGGGGAGAGGCUAGCCCCCAAGCCACAUGCUUCUGGUUUUGAAAUGACUCUGGGGCAGCAGAAAUGAAAGGAGGUGAGUGACUUCCCAGCCCAGUGGCGUGUGGGGAACAAGCCCAUGCAGGGGACCCAGGCCCUCCCCAAGAACCAUUAGCCUGCCACCUGAAAUCAGGUGGUUUUGUGGCCACCAAGCACUACAGGAGAAAGGUCUUAGGCAGGGGGUACAGCAUGUCUGGGGGGACCUGCGGCAGCACUGAGCUGAAUGCAGCCCAGCCUCCACAGGCUGUUGAAUAAAAAGUACUGAUGCAGCCAAGUUUUUGCCCCAAACUCCUGGCCAGGGCAGCCUCACCCCAGUGGUAGUGGAGGGCAGGGGGGAGCAUGUUCUUGGUUGCUCCUAGAGUGCACCUCUGCGGGAUGCUCUCAGAUGUGGGGUGGGAACUUCCUUUAACCAGGGGCUCCCAGACACCUUGCUGGCAAAGAGACACAUGUCCUUGUGUGAGGAGGCCCGGGGUCUGGGGGAGUCAGGCAGCUGCCUUGGCCCCGAUGAAGGGCCCGCCUCGCUGGGUCUUAGCAGCCAUGGGCAUGGCUGUGUCUUCAGGAGCCCCCUGGAACCCUAACAGCAGGACGCUCCCAGGCAGGCCAACCCAGACAGGGGGGCUCCAGGCUUGCACAGAGAGAGGCAGAGCCAGGGGUCCUUGCAGAACCCAGGGCAGGGGCCGUGGCUUUGAUGUGCAGCACUUAGACUCAGAUGCCUGGGGUCAGCCCGGGCAAGCCCACCCAGCCCGCCACCUGCCCAUCCCUACAGAGAGAGGGCCACCACCCCGCCUCCUGAGUCCACAUCAGGCCUGCUGGGUUUGCUGAGUCAGGGCAGGAUGGCCACGUGAACCCCACAUAUCUGCUUUGAAAGCUCGUGUGGGGAAGCAUGUGUCCUUUCCGUUCAGGGGCUUGAGGGAGCAGGCAUCUCCUGAAGCGCAGGCGGGUGUGAGGCUGGGAGUUCUCCUGGGGGAGCAGGGGACCAGCCCCACGGCCAUGGUAGGGAUUCAGGGCGGUUGCCCUAUCCCAGGGCCGGGGGAAGGAGGGUCUUCUGCCCCCAGCAGGCCUGCUCCACCAGCCUCCCCCUCCGUGCUCUCUGCUCUCUUUACCUAAACACCCACGUGCACAUGGGUGAGCGGCCAGGGGCCGGGUGCAGACAUGCACCUCUUUAAAGACAUCACUAGAUCUCUCUAAGGCCUCCAUGUGCCCUGGUUCAAAAACAAAAAGUGGGUGAACUGAUUCUCCUUUUCUAGAUGCAAUAAAUAAGAAGUAUUCAGUGCGGUCAUGUUGACACUGGG